GUUUCCCAGGUGGCCCUCGUGUAUUGACCAACAUGUCCAGUGGUGACAUGAAGGCAAAGGAAGGUGAUCUUGUCAACCUACUGUGUUCUGCUCAAAGUGAACUUCCAAUUAAUUUCAGCUGGAAAAAAUACCAGAAGCCAAUGGAAAGUUUCAUGGAGAAGGAAAAGCCUCACCGCAGUUCUUUACUUGUUGUAACAGUAAAAGACCAAGCAAGUUUUGGAAAAUAUAUUUGUCAUAUCCGAGAUCAAUUUCAAAGCACUACACAUACAAUUUCGAUCCAGAAAGAUACAGGUAAUACUGCAUUCGACUUAUUCAUCGUUCAUAAAUUUUAUCAAUCAAAAUGUAAUAGAACACAAUCAUUUCUGUUUUAAAUGACUUGAAUGAUGGCGUGUACCAAAGAAUCCAUUUUCAGACAUUCAAAAUUAACGCGUUGUUUAAUUUUUACAUAGGUGAAAAAUAUCUUGCUGGAAUUAUAGUAUUAGCAAUUCUGCUGGUCAUUUCGUUUGUUAUAAUUGCUUAUUUCAUCUAUCAAAAUCGUCGACGUAAAUCAUCAAAGGCAAACCCGGAGAACAAGAGCAAGGACAGAAAUAAUUCAAGAGAUAUUUAUGAAAAUCCUGACAAUGAUGAUGCCAAUUAUGAACAAGUGGAAAAUGAAGAGUCGACGUAUACAGCACUAAAAAGACCUGGCCCUGGGGAGGAAGAAAAUGAUAAUCACUUAUAUGCCCAUCUAAAUGAAGGACACACGGACUCAGGGCCGUCCUCAGGAAAUUCUUCAGGGGGGGUGUAAUUCAAUUCAACCGACUGGUUCAAAAAAAAUUUUUCCGGAACAAAAUUUUUUUGUCGACCUCCCUCCCCCCCCCUCCCCCCCCGUCGCCAAAAAAAAUUCGGUCAGUGUACCAUUUUAGGGGUCCAAAAAAAUUUUCCGG